CCUCAAGCGGUAAAAACAUGGCGGCUGCACUGUCAUGAAAAUAUAAAUUGAAUCAGACCUUUACUGGGAGACCUUAGAAAUAUAAACUGUAAAAAUGCAGCUACGUUAUAUGAAGACUCUUCUGAACCCGCAGGAUGGAGCCUGUAAGGUUACAGCUUUGGCAUGGUCACCAAACAACACCAAAAUGGCUGUAGUCACCAUGGACAGAGUAGUUAUACUUUAUGAUGAGCUAGGAGAGAGAAGAGAUAAGUUUUCAACAAAACCAGCAAAUUCUCAGUGUCUCAGGAAAAGGAAUUCUCUCUGGUCACAUGGAUGGUGCUAUUGUAAGGUACUUUUUCGAUGAUGAAGGAACAGGCUUAUCACAGGGUCAGUUGUGUAAGCAUUCUUGUUCCCCAUAUGCCCUGUGUUGGGGCUCAUCCAUUGUUGCUGCUGGUUGUGACAAAAGAAUUGUCGCAUAUGGAAAAGAAGGAAGGGUUCUUCAAAACUUUGAUUACACCAGAGAUGAUGAUGAAAAAGAGUUUACUGUAGCAAUUUGCAGCCCCAGUGGACAGUCAGUAGUGGUUGGAAGCUAUGACAGGCUGAGAGUGUUUAACUGGAGUCCAAGGAAAGGUUCAUGGGAUGAAUCAAAGCCUAAGGACAUUCCUUAUCUCUACACAAUCACUUCAAUGGCUUGGAAAAGGGAUGGAUCAAGACUUGUGGCUGGUACUUUGUGUGGAGGUGUGGAACUCUUUGACUGUUGCUUGAGAAGAUCAGUUUACAAGAACAAGUUUGAGAUGACCUAUGUUGGUCUCAGUCAGGUCAUUGUGAAGAAUUUGUCAUCAGGAACUCGAGUCGUCCUUAAGUCCCACUACGGAUAUGAGAUUGAUAAAGUGAGCAUCAUGGGCAAGGACAGAUACCUCGUGGCUUACACCACAGACACUCUUCUCGUUGGGGACCUUCAAAACAACAAACUAAGUGAGGUCCCUUGGCAAGGAACAGGUGGAAAUGAAAAGUUCUUCUUUGAAAAUGAAAAUGUCUGUAUGGUGUUCAAUGCUGGUGAGCUUUCUUUGGUUGAAUAUGGAAACAAUGAAAUACUUGGAACAGUGAGAACUGAAUUCAUGAACCCUCAUUUAAUCAGCGUCCGCCUGAAUGAAAGAAAACAGAGAGGUGUUGAAAACAACAAAAAGAUGGCAUACCUUGUAGACUUAAAGACUAUAGUCUUGAGAUGUCCUUAGAAACAGAAGCCAUGUGGAAAACGCUGAGCCGCCUCGCUCUGGAGGCGAGGCAGCUGCACAUUGCCGAGCGAUGUUUUGCUGCUCUGGGUGAUGUUUCCAAAGCCAAGGCAUUGCGGCAGAUAAACAAGACCGCUGAACAAUGUGCAGAAGAAAUGGGUGGUGAUGGUACAAACCAUGUUCGUGUCCGAGCAAAGCUGGCAGUUUUAGACAAAAACUUCAAGCUGGCUGAGACCAUUCUUCUAGAGCAGGGAUACGUGGAUGAAGCCAUUGAGAUGUAUCAGGAGCUGCAUAAGUGGGACGAGGCUAUAGCUGUGGGGCAGGCUAAGGGUCACCCAGAGCUGGAAAAUUUGCGCACAGCUCAUUACCAAUGGCUCUCGGAGACGGCUCAGGAGGAGAAGGCUGGGGAGGUGAAAGAGAGAGAAGGAAAUUACAUGGAGGCCAUUAACUUGUAUCUCAAAGCUGGUUUGCCUGCCAAGGCUGCAAGGCUGGCUUUGAGUAAAGAGGAGCUAAUUCACUCAUCGGAGUUACCGGAGAGAAUUGCGGCAGCUCUUCUUAAAGGCGGAUUGUACGAGCAGGCUGGAGAACUUUACGAGAAAGUUGGCAAAAACGACAAGGCGAUGGAUUCCUAUCGCAAAGGACAUGCAUAUAGGAGGGCCGUUGAACUGUCCCGAGCGGCUUUCCCGAGAGAGGUUGUGAAACUAGAGGAGGCCUGGGGUGAUUAUCUGGUUUCCCAGAAGCAAUUGGAUGCCGCUAUUAAUCACUACAUCGAGGCUGGGUGUUCAAUUAAGGCGAUCGAGGCGGCUAUACAAGCUCGUCAGUGGAACAAAGCUGUUCAGAUUGUGGAAUUACAAGACGAUAAUGUGGCAGAAAGGUACUACCAUCAGAUUGCUCAACACUAUUCUCAAGUUCAAGAAUACAAGCUUGCGGAGAAAUACUUUGUCAAGGGAGGGGACCCACGGGCUGCUAUUGAGAUGUAUACCAAAGCUAAUAUGUAUGAAGCUGCUCACAAGCUUGCAGUUCAGUGCAUGACACAAGAAGAAGUCGCUGUCAUCUACAUAUCGCAAGCUCAAGAACUUGAAGCUCAAGGGAAAUACAAAGAAGCAGAGAGGUUAUACUGCACAGUUGAUGAACCAGACUUGGCCAUUAAUAUGUAUAAGAAACAUCGUCAGUUUGACAACAUGAUCAGACUAGUGGCUAUCCACCAUGAGGAUCUUCUCGCCGACACCCACGUUCACCUGGCAAAGGAACUGGAGGCCGAAGGUCAACUCCGCCAAGCUGAGCAUCAUUUCUUAGAAGCGAGGGACUGGAAAGCAGCCGUGAACAUGUACAGGAACCAAGACAUGUGGGAGGAGGCUUACAGGGUUGCCAAGCAACACGGAAGUCAAAAUGCCUCUAAACAAGUGGCUUACUUGUGGGCCAAGAACUUAGGAGGGGACUCCGCUGUCAAGUUACUGACUAAGUUUGGUCUGCUGGAAUCAGCGAUAGACUACGCUGCAGAAAACUGUGCUUUUGAAUUCGCGUUUGACUUGUCUCGAACGGCGAUGAAGUCCAAGUUGCCAGACAUUCACCUAAAGUAUGCCAUGUUCUUGGAGGACGAGGGAAAGUUUGCUGAUGCUGAAAAAGAAUUCAUUAAAGCUGGGAAAUCAAAGGAAGCUGUACUUAUGUAUGUUCACAACCAGGAUUGGGACAGUGCUCAGAGAGUGGCGGAGGAGAAUGAUCCUGACAGUGUAACUGAUGUAUUAGUAGGCCAGGCCCGUGUUGCAUUCGACAAAAAAGAAUAUCAAAAAGCUGAGACGUACCUUCUCCGAGCUCAAAGACCCGAACUUGCGGCUCGUUAUUACAAAGAGGCUGGUAUGUGGACAGAUGCUUUGCGCGUGGUGAAGGAAUACUUGCCUCACAAGCUGGAGCAAUGGCAGGACGAGUACGAUAGAGAAGUCAUGUCCAAAGGAAACAGAGGUGCAGAGUCGUUGCUGAGUCAAGGAAAAGAAUGGGAAAAGAAAGCUGAAUACAACAGAGCUAUUGACAUGUACUUGAAGAUUACACCAAAUAUGACCACUGAUCAUGAACUGGUGGAAGACGCUAUGGUCAAGGCCGUUGAACUUGCUAUGAAAUUCGUAGGUGACCGUGCCUAUGAUGUGGCAAAAGCUGCUUGCCCCAGGCUGGCAGAGAUAAAGUGCUAUGAACAGGAUACCUUAGCCGCCAAAUUGUCGACCUCCCUUCUACGACAUUCCGAUAUUAUUCCCUGUGAUAAAGCUUUUUAUGAAGCUGGAGUUGCAGCUAAGGGCGUUGGCUGGGACAAUAUGGCUUUUGUUUUCUUAAACCGCUACUUGGAUCUCAGCGAGGGUAUUGAAGAAGGUAGUCUUGAUAUGUUGGACAACAGCGAUUUUGCAGACACAGAUAUUCCAUUCGAGGUACCGGUUCCAGAAAAACAACACUUACCGGAAGAGAAACGCGAGGAAGUGAAGGAAUGGGUACUAGCUGUCUCAAUGGAUCAAAAGGUGGAGCAAGUUUUGCCAACAGAUGAGCGUGAUACUUAUGAAGCUUGCCUUGUGGCAGUGAACACUGGUAUAACGUCUCCGCCGUGUGUCAUCACAGGAUAUCCCGUUCUGCGAAACAAGAUUGAAUUUAAACGACCGGGCAAGGCUGCGAACAAAGAAGACUGGAAUAAGUUUAUCAUGGCUACCAAGGUUUCUCAUAGCCCUGAAUGUCAAGAUGUGCUGCGUUUUCUGGGAAACUGGUGUGGAGCGCCUCAAAACCCUUCAUAUUCCUUUAAUUAGGAGUUUGCACGACGUCACUUUAUUCAACUCAUGAGUUAUUUAUUAUUCUCAGAUCCGUUCCGUGACUUGUAGAAAUCCAUGACGUCUAGAGAUCCUUAAGAGAUCUGUCACGCAACUCGCAACAUUUUGGAUUCAUAUCCGAACACUGCGUGACGACCCAAAUGAGACUCCGCAUGAGACUACGGUCUAAAUCGCUUAGUGGUAUUUAUUAUUGUUGUAAAUAACGUGAGUGUUACAGUAUUGUUACAAAUGUGUUACUUCUUGGUCAGAAAGUAAAUUAAGUAAGCUAGUA